UGGAAAUAAUUUGUUAGAACUUGAACACCCAACUCACAUGUAAAGAGACCUGGUUCUUUCUUCGGUAAAGAAAAGGAAGUACUUAUUUAAAGUGGGUCUUUAAGAGGAUAAUAAAAAAAAUGUUUAAUGUUAGAGUGAAUGUAUUGAAGGCUGUCAAACUCCCUUUAUUUCAAGGUUUAAGAACGAAGUCAACUACAUAUUCAAAAUCCAGGGUUUGUGAUCAUUUACGGUCAUUCCAAAACUUAAGUUUUCAAAGAAAUAAGGACACAUCUUCUGCAGUAAAUGGCGAAGAAUGGAACAGUCCUGGUUUAGAAAAUCUCCUUGCUCAAUUACAGGAAGCGGUUGGUGAAUCAACCAAGACGAACGAUACUUCAAUAACAGAGCCUAAAGAAGAAAAAAUUGAAGAAAAUUUUUUGGAGAAUGUCUGGUCAAACUCGCCAAAGUCAGUGGACGAAAUUAUUAAUCGACCUUUUCAAGUAGACCCAGCUGUGCAACAUCUAGUUAAUAUGAUUAUGCGGGACGGAAAAAAAACCAAGGCAGAAAAAAUUGUAGCUACUGCCCUGACCAUAAUCCAAAAGGAAAAAGGAAAGAACCCGGUGACUUUGCUGAGGCAAGCAUUGGCUGAUAUCUCACCCAUUAUGAAAUUGAUUACAGCCAAACGAUUCAACAAGGGCGUUGAAUUUCCUAUUCCCUUGAAAGAGAAGCAAAGAAGAAGAAUAGCCAUCAAAUGGCUUUUGGAUUCAUCUAAGUCGCAUAAUUCAAAACGUCUCUCAGAAAGACUUGCAAGAGAAAUCCUUGCUAUUCUUGAUACCACCAGUACCUGUUUUAAGAAGAGGGAUCAUUUGCACAAAAUGUGUUUAGUCAACCGUGGUAAUGCUCCUAUUCGUGUUUAGUCUUUUUUUUUUAAUCUACCCUUUUAUGUAUACAAGCGUAAAACCGAAUGCUUCUUAUUUUCACUGAUAGUUUCACCCAAAAUACUUUGAAACUUUUAUUGUAUUGUAUGCUAAAUUCUUCUAUAUAAAUAAUAUCAAUGAUAUGCAAUCUAGUCAUUAGCAAAGCUUAGUAAUAAACAACGUGCAAGGUUGUACUGUCC